AUGGCAUGUGGUGCAUGGUAGUGGACGCGUUGGAGGAUCUGGCAUCCGCAUGGAGCAGCUUGGACGGCUCGGCCACAUGGAGCAGAGGCACGGACUGCGACAGCAUGGCUGCUGUGUACUGCGACGACGACGGGCAUGUCGUUGCACUUUACAUCAAGUCCAGUGAGCUCACUGGCUCCCUCCCCCCUGCUCUCUUCACUCUGCCCAAUCUCGUACACGUGGUUCUCUCAGGCAAUCAGCUCACGGGCAACAUACCCGAUACAGUAGGAAGUGCAACAGGCCUUCAAUCCCUGCUUCUGGAUGCCAACCAGCUCAGCGGCACCCUGCCCUCCUCCCUGGGCAGCCUCUCUGCGCUCGUCAACCUCAUUCUGAGCACCAACGGUUUCUCGGGCUCCAUUCCGAAUUCCCUCAGCAAACUGACGUCGCUGGAGUACCUAUACUUGGACGCCAAUGCGCUGUCUGGCUCCAUCCCUGCCUUUAUCAGCAAUAGCCCUGGCCUCAAGCACCUCGUGCUGCAGUACAAUGGGUUUACAGGGCAAAUACCGGACUCCCUGGGCAAUGUCACCAACCUGGAGGCGCUCCUGCGGCCGCGCGUUAGGGGACGGCAAGAAGCUACGGACCUGUCAUCUCUACAACAACAACAUACAAGCGGGCCUUCUAGGCGGUUUCCAGGCAUGGGGGUCCCUGGCGUCCCUUAAUUAUGCAGGUACCCACGCUUGAAGCACUGGCAGGGCGACUAACGCCCGCGGACCAGCAUUACGCCGGUCGGCGAUCUCCCGCUACCUCGCUGCGCGGAGAUCCUCCAGCAGACAAUACACGGCGCGCUCCAACUCCCGGAAUACUGACACGGCGCCGUCGAUUACUUCUACAGCUUGCGCCCCUUCCAGCUUGUCCUCCAGAUCCGCCAGGACGACGGCGGGCCCCACCGGCAGCGGUAUUCCCUGAGCGAGCCCGGGCCACGCGGCGGUCAGCGCCGCCCUCGCCGCUGCUGCCUGUGUCGCGGCAGCCUACACGAGCAGGUCUACCUGCGUCGACCUCAGGGCUUCACUGGUACCUUCCCCCCUAGGACCCAGUGGCUUCUCCGGCGCCCGGUCUACGGCCUGCGUCAGGCUCCUCGCGAGUGGCACGACACGCUGCGUGCCACGCUAGCAGACCUGCAGUUCUUUCCGUCCUCUGCUGACCCCUUGCUGUUUGUGCGUUCCGGCCAGACUCCGUUCUACAUCCUUGUCUACGUAGACGACUUGGUCUUUGCUACUGCUGACAGGGACGCACUGGCCUCUGUGAAGGCUGAGCUGCUGAAAAGACACACCUGCACUGACCUUGGAGAGCUGCGUCGCUAUCUUGGCCUGCAGAUCUCUAGGGACGGAGCAGCACGCACCAUCACUCUGACACAGUUACACUUGGUGCGUCAGGUCCUUCAGAGGUUUGGUCUUCAGUUCUCCUCCGCACAGCCCACACCUCUACCUGUACACCAUGGGCUCUCCGCUCCCGUUCCUCAGGAGCCAGUAGAGCCCAGUGGCCCCUACGCAGAGCUCGUGGGUUGCCUCAUGUACCUGAUGACUUGCACUCGCCCAUAUCUCGCAUACCCUCUCAGCAUCCUGGCUCGCUUUGUGGCUACAGGCAGACACCGACCUCAGGACUGGUCUGCCGCUAAGAGGGUUUUGCGUUAUCUUGCUAGUACAUCGGGCAUGGGACUGGCCUUGUGGCCUUACCUCAAGUGGCUGGACUAGUAGUGUCGCUCUGGCUUGCUUUAGUCUUAUUUGUACCCUUGCUGACUGGUCUCCAGACCCCUGCCUCAGUGGUUGGACUAGUAGUGCCACCCUGAGCUGUUUGCUUCUUGCUUAGCUUCACCUCUUGUCUAGCCUAGGGGGUGUGUCAAUUUAUACAUGUUAGCUGCGUACAAGUUAUAGGCUAGACUGGGGUAUGCUUCUACCAAUUACAGAAAGGCUGGGUGAACGCCCCAAGCUGGUUGCUGCAACUACCGCCCUGACACAAACCGCCUACAGCUUUGACGGCGGACAAAGCGGUACACUGCGGUAAUGGAUCGUAAAAAUCUGUAACACAACCCACCCACAAAUGAAAGAAGCACUGAGAA